AUGAAGAGGAAGCUCAGCCCUGACAGCGCCAGAAUGAUGACAACACUGCAGCUGGACCCUCUCGAGAAGCAGCUCAAAUACCUGCUUCUCGAUGUGGCAGCCCACAUUGACAAGACUGAGACCAAGACGCCUGGCGAACAAGUCACGUUAAGAUGGGCGGGCGGCUGGGUCCGCGACAAGCUUCUGGGCAGGCCAAGCCACGAUAUCGACGUCGCCAUCAAUAACAUGACAGGCGAGGUAUUUGGCAACGAGCUUCGAAGUUUCUGCGAAUCUCACGAGAACGUGGCAAAGCAUAGCCUCCAGCGAGAGGACAUUGGUAGACUACACAAGAUUGCCAAAAACCCGGAGAAGUCCAAGCAGCUAGAGACGGCUACGGUGAAGCUUUUUGGGCUUGACGUGGACUUCGUCAACCUGCGCACAGAGGUAUACUCCGAGGACAGUCGCAACCCGCAGGUCGAAUUUGGCACGGCUGAGGAGGAUGCAAUGCGCCGGGAUGCCACCGUAAAUGCGCUGUUCUAUAACAUCCACACUGGUGAGGUCGAAGACUUUGUCGGCGGCCUGCCCGACAUGGAGGCCGGUAUCAUCAGGACACCCAUGGAUCCGUUUCAAACUUUCAUGGAUGACCCACUUCGGGUGCUCAGGCUCGUCCGGUUUGCGAGUCGGCUUGGUUUUAGUAUCGCCCCGUCCACCAAGGAGUUCAUGGGAAAUACCCUAGUUCUUGGGGCUCUGCGCGCCAAGAUCAGCCGCGAGAGGCUCGGGUUAUAUCACACCAUCUUCACAGAUCCGGUGAACCUCAACAUGCCUCAGCCAAGCCUGAAGGGAUGGAGUGCUGCCUAUGGAUUUCUGCAUGAUUCGGCAUCAGACAUUGACUCUGUAUACGAUGUGUUGGUAACAUCGGACGAGGCAAGAUACUAUGCUUGGGUCCUGGCUUGCGUGGCCCCCUUUGCCAAACUUCCAAGCUCUGCUUCGGCUAAUCCGAAAAAGCAACCUCCCCUUGCGACCGUGGCGGCACGUGAGGGUAUCAAGGCGCCUACCAAGCUGUCAGACCUAGUCACGGCCGCAGUCCGCCACCGUGAGGAGAUUUGCGAGCUGAAGAGCAAGGUUUGCAGCAGCGAUGCCUCCGAGAUUGGACGAGAUCGCCUUGGAAUGGCCAUUAGGGGCUGGGAAGCCAAAGGGUCACAUUGGCGGCUUCAGGUCCUGUUUGCUAUCCUCUACGAUGUGAUGGUGCAGACGACGGCAUCAACGGAACAGUGCGCCUCCUCACACACCUCUGACAAGGCCUCAGAGUCUCCCGGGAUGGAAGAUCCUCUCAACGUCUCAGUGCUGGGGGAUGUUCAGAGAGAUUGGAAAGGCUUCCUUGAACACCUUCGGACGUUGGACCUUUUGGACGCACCGUCGAUGAAGCCGCUCGUUGACGGCCGCAGGCUCUUGCAAGCUCUGGACAUCAAGAAGCCCGGCAGGUGGAUGUCUCCUGCAUUGGACGUUUGCAUGGCCUGGCAACUCAGAAACCCUGAGGAGACGGAUCCAGCUGGGGCGAUUGAGGAAGUGCAACAGCGCAGGGAGGAGCUUGGUAUUCCCACAUAG